AUGCAAGCAAAGUGCACGGCGUAUGACGCGUGUGGUCAUCUCAGUGGUGUUCGGUGGUUGGGGGCUGGUGCUGCUCGUUUGCCUUUUCCCCACACUGCUUUCGUGCCCUCUCUUUCCCCACCUUCCUCCUCCUCCGCUCCCUCGCCUCUCCUCCCCUCCUAUCUCCUCCCCUGCUUGCCCCUUCGCCCAUCCGUUUUCUCCUCUCUCGCCCUCGCCUACCCUCUCGUUUCCCUUUCAUCUGCCUCCCAACCCCCGGCCUCCCAUCCACCGGCCUCACGUCCAUUCUCUGCCCAUCUUCCUGCGCCUCUCCCCUGCUUUCCGCCUCCACCUCUCCCGUCACCCUUCUCUCGUCCUCCCAUCCCUCCAUCCAGCCCACCCUUCCCUGAUCCCACCCUCCCCUCUUCCCUGUUGGCCCCCUCCCUCCCCUCUACCCUCUGUGAACCCUCACUCACUUCUCCCCUCUCUGACCCCACUCUCCUUUCUCCCUGUCCCACCACUGCGCCAGCACACCUCCUGUACGCCUCUUAUGCUCCACCCAUUCCGUGCCUCCAUGCCUCCCACCAUCGCCUAGCUCCCAUCUCCCGCAUUCCUCAAACCACCGCCAUGGACAAGAACAUGCCCCCGACUUUGCUGGGUUCAUGCGCACCCGCCCAGCCUCCCUCACCUCCCGCUUCCGUCCCCUUCAUUCCCCCACUUGCGCCCCUUUACCCGCUCCCUUCACAGUCCCCCCCGUGGGCCCCCAUCAACCCUUCCUCACACCCCUUGCACGUACUCUCCCCACUUCCCUCCCUCCCGCCCUUCCGCACCCCUCCGCCAGCCCUCCUGCUUUGCCUCCUUAUCCCCCUUCUCCCGCCCCUUGCCCCCUGCCCGUCACUGCUGGCGCUCUCUGCGCUCCCCCUCCCACUAACGUGCAGACCAAUUUGUGCAGACUCUCGCGGAGGCGCGCACGCAGCGAGGGUGGUGGCCGCCCGUGUCUCGGCAGCGGUCCCCGCCUGCACGCCCGUGCCCUUCCAGGUCUUGCGCGGACUCGCCUGCUUGCCCUACCCGCCAUUGCCGCUGCUCCUCGCGCCCCUGCUAUCGCGGCUCCCCGUCAUCGCGAAUCGUUUUUUAUCGCUAUCGUUCUCUACUGUUGCUUUUUCACCGUAG